GCGGCCACAAGUCGUGCCGUCUCGUGUUUAGACACAAGUUUAUUGAGUGUGCGUAUAUGUGUGUCCGAGGCGAGAGUUGAAGAGGGGAAGUGAUAAAUACGGGAAUCCCCCCGGAGGAGAGCUUAGAAAAAGAGAGAGGGAAAAAAAGAAAAGAAAGAGCGGGAAGAGGUGAUUAUAAUUCUCACAUGAGUGGGCCACAGACGUCGACGUCAGCCAAGUGUCAGAGCCCACCUUCCGAAGACCCCAUCGCCGCCGCGUCAGGCAUGAAGAAGUUGAGCAGAACCAAAGCACCGAUGGUCAAACGCGAGCGAGUGUCCCCGACGCGCAGUGACAGUGUCGGCUUGGCGGUGGUGGCAUCGCAAGGGUCGGGCGAGGUGUGCCAAGGGUGCCAUGACGUCAUCGCCGACCGGUUCCUCCUGCGGGUCAAUUCGAGGUCGUGGCACCAGACUUGCCUUCGGUGCUGCGUGUGCCAGCUGGCCCUCGACCGGCAGCCGUCGUGCUUCAUCAGGGAACACAACGUCUACUGCAAGUCCGACUACACGAGGAACUUCGGCGCGCGGUGCGCCAAGUGCUGCCGCAGCAUCGGCGCCGCGGACUGGGUGCGGCGGGCUCGCGACCGCGUCUACCACCUCGCCUGCUUCGCCUGCGACGCCUGCAAGCGGCAGCUCAGCACGGGCGAGGAGUUCGCCCUCCACGACAACCGCGUCCUCUGCAAGCAGCACUACCUCGAGUCCAUCGAGGGCGGCGCCACGAGCAACGACGAGAACACGGACGGGGAAGGCAGCCAGAGGAAGAGCAAGCGCGUCCGUACGACCUUCACGGACGAGCAGCUGCAGGUCUUACAGGCCAACUUUCAGAUCGACUCGAACCCGGACAGCCAAGACCUCGAGAGAAUCGCCCAGUUGACGGGUCUGAGCAAGAGAGUGACGCAGGUCUGGUUUCAAAAUUCGCGGGCGCGCCAGAAGAAAAAUAUGUCGUCUAAGAAACACCAACAAGGUCUCGACAGAGCUCUGCAGGAUAUGAACGGGUCCUUGUCGCGCACCAUCGACCUCCAUUUUAUGUAUUCUUUUCGCCCUCAGAGUGUUGAGCCAGAGGAAUCGUCAUCUCCCGAGACUCCAAUAAUGACCAUGAUGCACGGAGAGGUGUGACGCCACGAGAGCGGGUGCCGGGUAUCACCCCGAUGACGUCAUUCCACCGUAUAUAAAUAAACAUCAUUAAAAAGAAAAUCAUUCAAGGAGAGACACCGAGAAAAAGGGUGUCUUUUUUAUCUUUUCCUUUCUUUUCUGGUCUACCUGUCUUCUUUCAGUGAAAAUGACCCGCUUUCUGUCGGAUGCCAACAGGCCGUGAGAAAUAUAUAUUUUUUUUAUUCUCUCACUUUUUUCCUUCUUCUUUUUAAGAAUCAUUCACAAAAUCAUUCCUGUGUUCGGUCUCUUGUAUAUAGGGUUCACUAAUUAUUCCUCUUACACAGAAUGAGCCUUCCCUCUCUAUUUCUCGUGGCAUCAUGACAGUUCCUUUUUUUUCUCUCUCUUUUCUUUUCUUACCGUGAAAAUAAUGUUAUUGCACUAGUUACCUUCACAUUAUUCAUUCAUUACUGUCAAAAAGCGGUUCGGUCAUCUUGUGUUGAGCUUUGAUUAACUCUUGGCCGACUGCUAACCACUAUCAUCCGUUGUAUAAAAUAAUAUUAAAUGAUAAUGACGUCUGUAGGUAUAGGCAUGUCAGAUCAAAUCUAUGUCUUUCAGUGUUUCAAUGUUGUGCUAAAGGGUUGCUAAGCAGUCUCGUUGCGCAUAUUAAAAGGGGUACAAUGGAAGAAUCUUGCAAGUUUCUCUCUCUCUUCCCUUCUCAUUUGUCUUUAUCUUUUCUCCUUUCUUUUUUCUCUUUUUGUUUUAACUCCCCCCCCC